AUGAUGUUCUUUGGAGAUCUCCCUUCUCCAGCAUCAAUUUUCUCAACAUAUGCAACCAUUGCAGGAUCUGUCAUGAUGAUCAAACCAAUGGCACAAAUAAUUCCACAACAGGUACAAAACUAUAUUGUCUCUCGUAUCAAGUCUUUGUUCGGCUGCCGUUCAUCGACUCUCACGCUCAUCAUCAACGAUAUGAACGGGACUGGCACAAACGGGAUGAGGACGAUCAACGAGCUCUAUUCCGCGUUCCAGGAUUAUCUCUCAAGCAAUAUAAGCCCCGAUGCAUCAAAGCUAAAGAUGACUAGAGACCCUAAGAAUAAGAAGGUCAACUUAUACCUCAGCGAAGGAGAGGUUGUCUCCGAUAUCUACCAAGGCGUUGAGCUCAAGAUUUCGUAUGUAGCUGGCAGAAAGAAGAGCACCGACGUUGAAGACGGAGAAGAAGAUGAAUUUACCAUAAAUUCGGAAUGCCUCCUUCUCAGCUUCGACAAGAAACACAGAGACUUGGUGUUGAACUCGUAUGUACCUUACGUGGAGAGCAAGGCAAAGGUGAUCAAUGACGAGAGGAGAAUCCUCAAGAUGCACUCUUACUCUUCCUUGAGUCGUUAUUGGGAAUCCGUGAAUUUCGAGCACCCUUCGACAUUCGACACGUUGGCUAUGAACGAGGAGCUCAAGCGUUCUGUGCUGGGAGAUCUUGACCGGUUCAUCAAAAGGAAAAAUUUCUACAAAAGAGUUGGAAAAGCUUGGAAGAGGGGUUACUUGUUGUACGGGCCACCAGGUACUGGGAAGUCUAGUCUAGUGGCAGCUAUAGCUAACUACCUCAAAUUCGAUAUUUAUGAUCUCCAGCUUGCAAGCGUCAAAGGGGACGCGGAUUUAAGGAGGAUGCUUCUCACCACUCGUAACAGCUCGAUUCUUGUUGUAGAAGAUAUAGACUGCUCCGUGGAUUUGCCUACAAGGUUGCAACCUGCACCUAAGACCCGUGGUGCUCCCAAGGGGUCAGCACCAUUGACAUUAUCAGGACUUUUAAAUUGCAUAGAUGGCUUAUGGUCGAGUUGUGGAAACGAACGCAUAAUAAUAUUCACUACUAACAACAAGGAGAGGCUCGAUCCGGCGUUACUCAGACCAGGCCGUAUGGAUAUGCACAUCUACAUGGGACAUUGCGGUUUUGAUGGAUUCAAGACAUUGGCGGCUAAUUACUUAGGUCUCUCUCACGACAAUGAUGAUACUCACCAUCUCUACCCGGAAAUAAAGCAUUUGAUUGAUGGACAAGUGUUGACUCCUGCUCAAGUAGCGGAGGAGCUGAUGAAAAAUGAAGAUGCUGAUGCGGCGCUUGAGGGUUUGGUUAGGGUUCUCAAAAGGAAGAGGUCAGAGACAGAGAAGUGUGAUGAUGAAUCUAUGAAGAAGAUUAAAAAACUCGUGGAGGGAGAGAUGAGAGUAUAA